AUGAAUACCGGUGGAGGAGCUAAAAUUCUAGCACCGCAUUUCGCGUACAAAUUGAAAGGUCUAAGUGUGCCAUCACCUGUGUUCAUGUGCACACUGGAGGCAGAGAGCACCAAAGACGAUGCUGCGUUAGACGUCGUACUCGCACAGUUCCAG